UUUGGCCUGAGGUGGGGGGGCGCCGGAGCCAAGCGGAACUGAACGGCGCCAAUUGCAGCCAAUCUGCGCCGUUCGGAAAUGCUUGAAAGACGCGGAAAUAUAAGAAAAAAGUAAGUUACGGCGGCGUAGUGUAUCUUAUAUACGCUGCGCCCGACACAAAUAUGCGCCGAGGUACGUGAAUCUGCCCCAUCAUCUGUUAUUGCUCUGACUUCCCAUGUCGCAGGAAGAAAGCUGGCUUAUCCACCCCCGCAUUAUUAUAUAUUCAUAGUCUUCUAACCAGGAUAAAAGGGUACACGUCAUUCAAUUUCCCUGCUGUGCAAUAGCUUGACUGCGGUUCUCCGAGCAUUGCCCAAAGGUUCUGUACUUGGUGAUGAUCCAACUGUGCCAUCUUAUGGACUGACACCAAUUAUUAUGGAUUUACAUGUCACCAUGUUGUCAAUGCCACAAUUACAGUAAUGGCAAGAUGUUUUAUAUGCUAGGUACUACAUUUUUGUUGGAAUAACCCAAUUCACAAUGUUUUUCUUAAUUAGGAAGCCAAAUACACAUGAAUCCAGAGUACAGUCUAAUGGAUAAUAGUACCCAUGACUUUCACUUAACAGCAUUUGCCAACACUAAGGAAAACCACCUCGUUCUCUUCUUUGUAUUUCUAUUGCUGUAUUUAACUGGUAUAGUGGGAAAUAUCAUCAUAGUUACCUCCGUGAUCAUUGAUGCCCGUCUGCACACUCCUAUGUACAUCUUCCUUUGUAAUCUGUCUACUGUGGAUAUGAUUUUCAAUUCAUCAACUCUGCCAAAACUGAUGGACAUUCUACUUUUUGGGAAUGACUCCAUAUCACUCACACAAUGUUUCACACAACUUUAUUUUUACAUGUUGGCAGCCAGCACAGAGGACAUUCUGCUGUCAUUGAUGGCCUACGAUCGAUAUGUGGCUGUCUGCAAACCUUUACACUAUCACAUGAUCAUGAAUAAGGCAAAAAAUGUCUUUCUGUUACUCGGCACCUGGGCAAUUGGAUGUCUCAACUCUUUGUUUUUAACUCUUUCCAUGUACCAGUUGGAUCUCUGUCCUGUUAAAAAAAUCCAGCAUUUCUUCUGUGACAUUAAAGCUCUAGCCAAGAUAACUUGUAGCCAAACACAGUUUUAUAUACUGCUCUACAUUGAAAGUGUUGUCCUUGGGCUCUUUCCAUUUGUACUCAGCCUAACCUCCUACAUUAAGAUAAUUGUUAUCAUACUUGGCAUUAGGUCCACCAGUGGCAGGAAAAAGGCCUUCUCUACCUGCACAUCCCACCUUGCUGUGUUAAUUAUCUUCUAUGGUGUUGCUUUAUGUAUGUAUGUGAAACCUCCAUCAGUUGACUUUGAGAAGCAAGACUUGGUAUUCUCCAUAAUGUAUACAGCAGUGACCCCCAUGCUUAAUCCAUUAAUAUAUAGUCUGAGGAAUAAAGAGGUCAAAUCGGCUCUGAUGAGGAUUUUCAGAGUGAAGAAAAAUGACAUGUGACAUUUUUUGUAUCUAUUUUUGAAGUCACUUUGGGCGGGGGGCUUGUGGAACCCAGCGUACCUUAGA